ACAGUUGGUAACUCGUUUUCAGAACCCGACUACGCUUGGUAAUCAGUCGGGACAGUCGACUGGACACUAGAGGCUGCAUACAGCCGGGUUAACGUUAAGUUAAGAUGCAACCACAAAGAGAGCAGUCACAGGAAAGUAAGUUCCAGAACUGGCACCAGGUGGCGUUGGGUAUUUCUACGACUACCCAUGGAAUGGUGGAUUGUUUGAAAGACACCUUGACACAUCUUCACUGUAGCAUCAAGCAAGGCCCCUGUGCAGGGCUGGAAAAGUGUAGUGACAGCUGCAGCAAACGUACUGGGUCCCUGUCACAGUGGUGCCCUACCUGUACGGAAUGGCGUAAUCAGAUCAUGAGACACCACAGAUACAGCCUCCAGGAGGAUAAGAUACAAUGGAACAAGUUUGACUCCUCUGAGUGGCCGGAGCGUGUGAACGAGAUGGUCAAGGUGUAUGGACCGGUCUGGUGGAUGGGCAAACCCCUGUAUACCUCAGACCUAGCUGUGGCCAUCUGCAUACUACAUAACUGCUGUGCGUUCAGCAUCCCUCCAGAAGUGUGCCAGGCAGUGCGGGGCUUAAGGAAGGGCUAUUUCGCCCAGGGAAGAUUACAAGUGAAUACACUAGAAAAAGACAUGGCCUUAAAGACACUUAUGCAGUUAUUGGAAUCACCUGAUGUAUCCAAAACUAGAUCUGGCACCAAAGCGCUAAAUCUCACGAUUCAUUUCACCAAGAUCCCAAACACUACUGUACGGUAACUGUACCAAGACAAGAGAUAUAUUUCAUGUAAAACAGUAUGGUAACAGGGACUAAAUGUCUGGUAACAGGGACAAAAACAGGAGACAUGAUGCUAUAACAAGCUUGUAUUACACUGACAUUGUUUUAAUAUUUAAUGUAAGAAUACACCACGAUUUAUUUGGUGAUAUCAGCAUCAAACAAAGAGAAUAAAUAGGGAUUUAUAUGGUUAGCAAUAGGCCCAUGGGCCUUAACGGUCACCUAAGUCCUACAGUAUU